AUGCCUGCCCGGAACGUUACCGGCUUCGAUAUCACUCAGCUCAAGGCUGCGGCCCACCCCAACUCCAUUUGGGCCAAGCGCGACCCCUGGGCUCGCAAUGAGGCCUGGCGCUAUUCCGGUCCCUUCAGCCGCUGGAACCGAUUCAAGGGUCUUUUCCCCGGUCUCGGUAUCGCCACUGUCGCCUUCACUGCCUACUGCGCAUACGAGCACUUCUUCUUGAAGGAUGACCACCACGGUGACGCCCACCACGGCGAGGCCCACCACUAA